AUGCUGAAAGGACGCGGCUGCUAUGAUGAUCCCGGUGAUGGGGGCUUCAUUGCUCCCUCCAACCCCGACGGUUCCUACGACGAUGAGGGGUAUGACAAAUACGCAGAAGAGGACGACUACUUCUCAACAUCCAGAAACAGUAAGGUCGGCAAGCGCGGCUAUGUCAUCCACGAUGCUUGUUGGCCACUCCUGGAGGAAGCCUUGUCCCCAGGCCCGGUUCCGCUCGACAGAGUGUUUCAAAUCCUAGAGUCUUUUCACGAGGGGAGGGGAGCCACCAGUUCUAGUGGGCUGAUACAUGGGGGUUUGACGAUGAUGAGUAUUUCCCCUGGAGAUGACCAGCGGGAGGAAGCUGCGCGAUGA